ACUUUUAAUAUUUUUCAAAUCUCUCUCUCUCUCUGCAAGAUCGAAAUUCAAAAUCCAUAUCCACUUCUCAUUUAACGUUCCCAGAUCUUUACCUCUGCUCUCUUCCUGUACUCGUAAUUUAAUGCUGCAGUUUCUGACAACAAAGAUUCAAACUUUUUACCAAGACUUGUUCACACUAGUGAUGUGAGAAUUUAGGAUAUGAGCUUUGCAGGGAGUAAAGAUUGGAAUUCACUCUAGCAGAUGGGUGUCACUUGAUUUAUCUAGUGGCUAUCUAGAGAAUUUCACGUUCGAGUAAAGAACUAAAAUGGAGGUUGAGAAGCGAGGAAAGGGAGGCUUUCUUCAGUUGUUUGAUUGGAAUGGUAAAUCUCGGAAGAAGCUCUUCACUAGCAAACCUGAUCUACCUGAGAGUUCCAACCAUGGAAAAGAUAAUUGCCAUGGUUCAGUCAUUGCACGGCGUCAGCUGGUGCUUAAUCAAGGCUUCCCUCUUAAUGCCACUUGUGAGAAUGAUUAUCCUUAUGCUUCUUCAGCCAGUGGCGACUCAGAACAGGGAACAAAAGCACCUGGGGUUGUCGCACGUCUUAUGGGACUGGAUUCCUUGCCAACUUCAAAUGUUAAUGAACCUUGUUCUAAUCCGCUUUCUGACUCCUACUCAUUCAGAGAUUCUAGUUACUUAAUGGCUGCUCAUGCAUUUCAUGGUGAACAUGAUAUCGUAAUCUUUGAGAGUGUGCGGAAUAAAUUGGAUGGAUAUAGUCGGAAUCCUUUAGACCUGAGGUUGCAGAAGGUACAGAAUCGACAUAUAGAGAGGUUUCAAAGAGAGGUAUUGCCUCCCAAAUCCGCUAAGCCCAUGCCUGUUACUCAUAACCGGAUCAUGUCUCCUAUCAAAAGUCCUGGAUUCAUUCCACCUAAAAAUGCGGCUUACAUAAUUGAGGCUGCUUCUAAGAUAAUUGACCAGAGUCCAAGGUCAAUCACUAAAGGCAAUUUUUCGUCACUUGGAUUGCCUUCUGGUCCGUUUAGAGUUCGGGAUUUGAGGGAGAAACUCGAGUCUGCUCCGCGAUCAUCUCAAGCAGCUAAUGCAUCCCAAAAGGUGAAAGAGGAUAAUUCAAAAAAUAUCAAGAAACAACUUAAUGCCCGGGGUAAAGGCCGAUUAGAAGACAAUUAUCAGUAUAAGGGAUCUGAAGAAUCCAAGAGGGCUAGUUCUCAAAGAUCAAAGAGUAAUGAAAAACUAGUUUCUCUUGCAGUUCAGACAAAACCCAGCAUCCAGAAAAGAGAUGGGUCAACUUCUUCUGGUAGCAGAAGUACUGAGAAGCAAAAAGAACACAAUGGAUGUGUAACUAGGGAUCUUACACAUGCACAAAAAAAAGUGGAAAAGCAAGGUUCAUCAAGAAAGCCUUCUGAGGCGCUCAGGUUGAAUAAUCAGAAGCAAAAUCGUGCCUCAGGCAAAGAUGAAGAAAAGUUUGAAUCUUCUUGUUCCAAGCCUAAGGAGAGACAAGAAUCAAACUUGUCCUCCAGUUACAUUAAUGGGCGUACUACAAAUAGGACUGUCAAUAAAAUUGUUUUCAAUACCUUGACGACAUCAAGAAAGACAAAUUUUGUGGCUGCUGAUCCUGGAAAAGAUGCUUCUUCAGUCAGAGCAAAGACAGCUUCAAAGAAAAGAUUACCUAUCAACAGGAAUGUUCAGUCUAGUGGAGGUGUUGCUUUAAAAGCUAUGGCCAUUAAAGAUGAAAAAUCCAUAAAAUGUAAUGUUUCCUUUGAAGGUGAUUCCAAGUGGGAUGGAAUUGACAGGAAAAGUAGUUUUGAUGUCGUGUCAUUCACAUUCACAUCUCCAAUCAAGAAGUCCGUUGGAUCUAAUUCAAGUGCUGCAAUCUUGGAAGAAACUAGCUUGCCUUCUCCUAGUUACGAUCCUUGUGUACGCGAAUCUGAUUUAAGAACUACUGCAACAUCCUCUUCAGGUUUCAAUGUUAUAGGUGGAGAUGCUUUAAGUGUACUUCUGGAGGAAAAACUUAAAGAAUUGACUUCUAGGGUUGAGUUUUCGCAGAAAGACGUGUCAGGGUCAUCUUCUUUGUCCGUUAAUAACUACGGAAACAUGGGACCUGCAGUUAACUUGGUGGACCGAGAAGCCCAGGAUGCAUCGGAUUGUACUUCUGUUGACAAACCUUGGCUCCAAGCUGAGCAAGGCAGCAAGGGACUAGAAUACUUUGAAGGAGCUGGUGAUAGUAAAAACUUCCAGAGACACUUGUACUUGCAAGGGUCCAAUUCACUCUCAAGUCAGCCUUCUCUGUCAGGAGCUAGUUGUGACUCAUUUGAUGUUGGCAGAAGCUCAAGUGAUAAAGGAAUUAAUUGGAGAUCUACUAGGAAGCCUCACAUAGCUGAGGUUGAUCCAGAGAUAUCGGAUACAGCCUCCUCACUGUCUGUUUGGUCUAUGUCCGAAACUGUUUCUUCCAGCUUACAUGUGGUAGAAUCGAAAGAUUCUUCAAACUGGGAAUUAAAAUACAUCGAAGAUAUUCUCAGCCAUGCAGAAUUGUCGCUGGAGGAGUUCUCUCUGGGACAAGCUCACAAAAUCAUAGCUCCCGACCUCUUCAUGCAGCUGGAAAAUCAAACAAUGGAGUCGUACAAAGGCAUGGAAGAAAAUGCGGUAGAACGCAAGGUAUUGUUUGACUGUGUGUGUGAAUGCCUGGAACAGAGAUGCGGACGGAUUCUUGAUGGAGGCCCGGAGUUCUGGGGCAAGCAGGUGGCUGUGUUACAUAGAAGGCAAUGGCUGGCCGAUGAUUUGUACAGAGAGAUAUGGAGGUGGACAAACUCGGAGGAGCUGAUGGUGGAUGAGCUUGUGGACAAAGAUAUGAGCUCGAAGAACGGGAAAUGGGUGGACUUUGAAGUUGAGGCAUUUGAAGAAGGUGUAGAAAUAGGAAAUAGGAUACUAACUUGUUUAGUAGAUGAAUUGAUUGAUGAUUUCUUGUUGUAAUUGCUGCCGAUUUCAUGAUUCUUUCUAGCUUUUUUGUUUGUGUCGAGAAUCAUGCAAAAAAUCACUGUAAGCCUAACUCGAGAAACUUGAAAAAAUCCGUUUAUACUAAAGUGGUUAUUUAUGAUUCUUUUGCUUGA